CAAAAGUUCUUUCGUGCUGCUUUCGCUUGAACUCGGAGUACAAACACAUACAAAUUGACGCCCAGCUUUAUGCUGAAAGAACAAUGAGCAUGGUUGACCACCGAAAAGUCCUUUUGUUUUUUAUGGCAGCAUGAACACUGACAACAACUUAUUUGGGAGCAAGGCGAAUAAAUGUUAGAGUAAUUACAAUUUUGAAACAUGGGACUAGUACCACAGCAGCUGUAGCUUUGACAGGGAUUGUAAGUACUGACAUUUGUUUCCGUACGGACGGAUUUUUGGUCGGACACUAUCUAAAGCAUUCAAAUGUAUGUUUUGCAAAUAUGUCAGGAUUAUCGGAAAAAGAGCGGCUUGGAUUGAAAAAGAUAUUGGGCUUUAUGACUACAGGCGACUUGAUAUCACUUAGUAACACAGUGACAAAUAAAAUGAUAGUUGUGGAAAACGUUGCAGAGGCCGUGGAAACGAUUCUCUCAUUUUCUAAAAAUGCUGAAGAGCUCCUUAGAAGAAAAAAAGUUCAACGUGACCUAAUAUUCAAGUACUUGGCUAAAGAAGGGGUGACGAUGUCCCCUAACAGCGAGAAACACCAGCUGAUUAAGAGGACACUGGAGCUCUGGUCGUCAGCGAAGGCGAAUGACAAUGUACCACAACAGCCUACAGCAUCCAAUUCAAGAGAUAUCAAGGAAGGAUUUGAUCCACUAGUCCUGGGUCAACAGUUCUGCCAGUGGUUCUUUCAGCUCUUAAACAGUCAGAACCCUUCUCUGGGCCAGCAGCCUCAAGAAUGGGGACCACAGCAUUUUUGGCCAGAUGUGAGACUACAACUUGCCGCCAGAGCUGCCAUUGAACAAACAGAUGAGCUUCUGGGUGCUGAAAUGGUCAGUCUUCGCCUCUUGGCUCUAACUAGUGCAGAGCGUCUCUUCUUCUGUCCCAACCUGGAGCCUCAUGGCCUCAAGGCCCUGGCCUCCCCCCAUGGCCUGGUAUUGGUGGGUGUGGCCGGGACUAUCCACAGAGAUUCUGCCUGUCUUGGCAUCUUUGAGCAAAUAUUUGGCCUUAUCCGUUCACCGCUGGACAAGAACAGCUGGAAGAUAAAGUUUAUCAACCUGAAGAUCAAAGGACAGGAUCCUCUGGCUGGGAUGGAGGGGACAGCACCUGCUCUAAGCUACACCUCCAGUGAAUUGCAGCGUCUUUGCAGUUCAUGACAAGCAAAGCACAGGCAUUUUCUUUCAUACUAUUUAUUGUUGCUUUACUGAUUGAACAUGCUUUCUUUUACAUUUCAUUUAUCUAAAUGGCCUAAAAGCAUUACAGUGGCAACAUUACAUUUCAUCUGACAACCUUUUAGGCACAAGUCCACCUGUCUUAUUGUCUCUUAAACAGUCAUAUUAUGGUAUAUGGGUGAGAAAGCACUACUGAAUUUCAGCUUACAUGCUGGAUCAUUUGUGCAACUUGGCUGCAUGGCAAAAUUAAAAAUAGGUUCCUCUGGGUUUUUCUCAGGUUUUUACAAAAUUACAUUUAUGUUGCUUCUUGUCCUGGAAACUUUUCAGGAAUGCCUUAAAUUUACUGCAAAGUAUUUUGUACUUUGGCAGCCUGUGCCUUAUACAAGAUGGGAUAUGGAUAUGCGUUUGUAAAUAUGUAAUAUAAGGAAAGAUGUGUACAUUUUACUGUAAUUUCAAGUAGGUAUUGCAAAUUAUAAACCAAAUACUGCCCUUGUCUGACAAUAAAGUCAA